AUGGAGGAAGCAAAGAAUAUGGCGUUGCUGUUCUUCAUGGAUCAUCUGAUGCAGAAGAAUGGCCGUCGAACGAUCCAUGAUCUCAGCUGUCAAUUCGGAGCUAGAGGAUUUACAGAGGAAAUGAGGAAUGCGGUGGGAACGACGCAAGAGGGCCUCACCGAAUUCCUACAGGGUCACCCUUCGCUGUUCACGGUCGAAGGCGAUCAAGUGAUUCUGAACGGCCACAACGAUCUUAAUGCUCGCAAUAAUCCACUCCUCAUGUCGGGAAUGAGAAGUCGCAACUACGAGAAAGAAGCUGUCGAUUUUUUUGUGAACAAAUUGACCAAGUUCGGACCAGAGUUGCAGAUAAAAUCCUUAUUGGGACAUCGUUCCCAAGCAGCUCCUGAAGUUCGUCUUGUUUCAGGACGUCAUCUUAAGGAGUUUUGCGAGUUCCUACAGUCGCAGGUCGACUAUUUUGUUGUAGAAGGUGACCGUGUCCGUCUGAAGAAUAUGCCCGAACCCGAUGAGAACGCGAUCGAACUCGACGACGAAGGAAAACCAUUAGCUGGAAUGAAAGCCAAACAAGCCGCUGUAGAGUAUUUAAAGAGUGUGUUAGAACAGAAUGAGGAUCAGCCAAUUCCACUAGAUCAAUUCUAUCAACAUUUCUGCCAGAGAUUCUCUCACACCAUCCGCCAAGACGUUGCUACAAAUCCAAAAGAGCUACUCCAGUUCCUUAAACUAAACCGUGGAUUGUUUUUCAUCCGAAGUAACAAAGUGUCGCUAGUGAAGAAUCGCCCGAGUGAAGAAGGAUCUGAAAAUGGAUCAGAUGAGGGUGAUGCUGAAAAUAACAAUGGAAUGUUCCCGUUGGAUCAGAACGCGCUCAGUCGAAUUCAUUUUGUGAAGGCGCUCAAACCUGCACAAGAACUUAUUGCGAACUUAUGGCAGGAUAUUAACAAUAUGGAAAAGAAGGUGGUCGGAUUGGAUUUGAAAACUGUUACUGUUGGAGUUGACGGCGAGAUCUUCUUGUCUCUGGGUAUUAUUGCGACUACAUCCCAAAUUGGAAUUUUCGAUCUUGCUUCUAGUGAUGUUAUUAUUCUUGAAAGUGGAUUCAAGGGCAUUCUGGAAAGCGACAAUGUUGUUAAAGUAAUUCAUGAUGCAAGAAGAAUUGCAUCAAUUCUUGCUCAUAAAUAUGCAGUUCAUAUGAGAAAUGUAUUCGACACCCAGGUUGCCCAUGCUCUUCUUCAACACGAUAAAUUUGGAAAACCACUGCACGAAAUGCGGCCAAUCUCAUUCAUAAAUCUGCAACGCGUCUAUUACCCGCAAUCGAUUCUUUUGAGUGAUGUGACCCCGCGCAAAAUGAGCCAAUCUCCAAACUGGGGAGUCCGACCAAUCACCGAAGAGUUUCAGCUGACCAUUGUCGAGGAAGCUCAUUGCUUAUUGUCGGCUCUUUAUCAAACCUUGUCUAAUCUGAUUCCAGUGCAUUUGAGAGGCUUAUUUGAAGACAAAUGCAUCGAGGUAAUCCAUCCAGAGGUUCUUCUUGCUUCUACCAAUCGCCCUCCUCCACCUCAACCGUUCGUCUCGACUCCAUAUCGUGCUUCGACUCGUCGCGGCGGUAAUUCCGACCGCGCUCCGAUCAUGCAAUCAUUCGCGCCAUCACCGUACGCCGCCGCGCCGCGCCCGAUGAUGAGCGACGCGUGCACACAAACAUUUUCCACGGGAGACAUCGAAGUGCUCAAUGUAUAUUACGAGUAA